CUUUGCAAAACUUGUUGGUCUUUUUGGUUGUCAGUCUUUUUUUUUUUCAUGGCGAGCAGCGUAAUCGGUGAAGAUAUCGUUCGGUUGAUAUUUGAAAGCUUGGAUGAUAUACCACCAGCCAACAGUCCGCGACCAUUGACAGUAGACGUACAUGAUAUUCGUCGACGGAACGCUUUCUUCUUCAAUUGCGCACUGACAAGUCGAUUGUUCAGUCAAUACAGCUUCCCAUUCUUAUACCGAAUCAUCUCUGUUGAUCAACUAUCCAGCCAACGAAAAUUGGCGAUUCUCGAGCUUUUACGAGAAUCAUUGAAGAAACAUGGACAUUAUGUAUGGUGGUUUACCACUGGAAGUGUCGGCCUUGGUGGAUUUGACGUUGUUCGCGAACUACUACCACUCUUACCCAAUGUCAAGGUGCUUAAUAUCUGCCGAAAUCUCUCGGGUCUGCAAAGCAUUUUACGCUCGGCCAAAUACGUUGAGCGACUAGCGUUUGGAAUUGAAAGCGAUGCCGACAGGGCCAGCCUUAUCAACCGCAUCAUGCCAAGUCGACUUAUUCAACCACGCGUCGUCAUGUCGACGUGCACCACACUGGAAUUGGAUUGGACGAUCAUCGACGCUGAAAUUUUUAAAAUCCUGGAUAUGUUCCCUAAUAUGAAAUACCUAACUUUUGGAAGCAGCUGUAAAUUUAGAACCGAGUUUUUACCUGUCAGUGAUGCUGAACUACGAGACGAACUGGUGGUUGCAGAAAGUGUAUUAUGCAGAUUAGACCGGAUAACUUUUGGCAUGAUCUUAUCGGAAAAGCUUCAUAUGCUUUUACCAUUAUGUGGCAACCUCAAGGCAAUCGAUAUUCGGUUUGUUCGCCUCAUCUCUAAAGACUCUGUUCGUCUAUUGACAACGCAUUGCAAAGAACUAGUAGAGUUUUCAUUUUACACCAGUAGCAUCGACAAAGAAGCCAUUGAAGAAUUAAUCCUUCGACCCCCCAAGCGUCUCAAGUCACUGAGUAUGAAGUACCUGUCCUACAACGUCACCGGGACACUUCUCGAGAUGGUAUCGGCUCAACCAUCUGUAACAAGCCAUAAUUUGGUCAGCAUCUCCCUGUUUGGAAUGGUGCCACCGUCUUUGGAUGCGUUAUGCGCACUUUCGAAUUUGUUACCCAACAUCCAGCACUUGGGGUUCAUUAUGAAGGUUGAUUAUACUGCAAGAGAACUUGGUCGAGCGCUUGCUGGUUUCAAGCACUUGGAGAGCGUACACAUUCGGCGACCACUGUUUUUUGAAGCGAGCGUUCAUCCUGAAAGUAAUGAACGACACGAGCAACUUAUAAGCGAGUUGGCGGACCUAUUACCUAAUAUUGGCCACAUCAAAUGCUUCGAGCUGGCGCUCACAAGAUCGUGUCACGGAGACUCAAAAUCUGUGACCAAGACCCUGCAGAUGGAAGCAAAGUAAGAUGUUUUCCGGCAAUGUCUCACAACGAAAAUCCAUCACUCUGAAAUGCUUUCGUCGUAACCUUGUGGCUGUACCUUAAAAUAUUUCUCUUAUUAUAACACACACGCUCACAUGGCUCCAUUCUGCAGAGCAAGCAAUUGUUCAACGCUGAUUUGAACCACAACUUUUUUUUUUUUUAGCACCCAGCCAGCCUUUUAAAAAUUAGUUAUUGU